AGGUUCGGCGAACAGCGCUUUACGACCCUCUUGCGGCGGGUGUUUGCGACAGCUCUCCGCGUACACACGGCAGCAUGACGGAAUACGGCAGUGAGAAGAUGGCGGAAGAAGAGCGGAAUGGCAGUGCAGAGAAACUCAAGGAGAAGGCGAAUAACUACUUUAAAGAUAAAGACUAUGAGAACGCCAUCAAGUAUUACACAGAAGCACUGGAGCUGAACCCCAGCAAUGCCAUCUACUACAGUAACAGGAGUCUGGCGUACCUGCGCACCGAGUGCUAUGGCUAUGCUCUGGGGGACGCCACGAGGGCCCUGGAGCUGGACAAGAACUACAUCAAGGGCUACUAUCGGCGAGCCACCUCCAACAUGGCCCUGGGCAAGUUUAAAGCAGCACUCAAAGAUUACGAAACGGUAGUUAGAGUUCGUCCCAAUGACAAAGAUGCCAAGAUGAAGUACCAGGAGUGCAAUAAGAUCGUCAAACAGAAGGCCUUUGAGCGGGCCAUCGCCAGCGACGAGCUCAAACGAUCAGUCGUAGACUCCUUAGACAUCGAGAACAUGACAAUCGAGGAUGACUAUGCUGGACCUAAACUUGAAGAUGGGAAUGUUACAUUGAAGUUCAUGAAAGACUUGAUGGCCUGGUUCAAAGACCAGAAUAAACUGCACAGAAAGUGUGCUUACCAGAUGCUGGUUCAAGUUAAAGAAGUUUUAUCCAAGCUUCCGUGUCUUGUUGAAAUUUCAUUAAAAGAGACGGAGGAAAUAACUAUUUGUGGAGACACACAUGGCCAGUACUACGAUCUUCUAAAUAUCUUUGAGCUGAACGGUUUACCAUCUAUAACUAAUCCUUACCUGUUCAACGGUGACUUUGUGGACCGCGGCUCUUUCUCUGUAGAAGUCAUUCUCACGCUGUUUGGCUUCAAGCUGCUCUAUCCAGAACACUUCCACCUGCUUAGAGGGAACCACGAGACGGAUAACAUGAAUCAGAUGUAUGGCUUCGAGGGUGAGGUGAAAGCGAAGUACACCGCCCAGAUGUUCCAGCUCUUCAGUGAAGUCUUCCAGUGGCUUCCUCUCACACAGUGCAUCAAUAACAAAGUGCUGGUGAUGCAUGGAGGACUGUUUAGUGAGGAUGGUGUGACCUUAGAUGACAUUAGAAAGAUAGACAGGAACAGACAGCCUCCAGACUCUGGUCCGAUGUGUGAUCUCCUGUGGUCAGAUCCUCAGCCGCAGGACGGACGGUCCAUCAGCAAGCGGGGUGUGAGCUGUCAGUUUGGGCCUGACGUUACGGAGCGCUUCCUGGAACAGAACAAGCUGCAGUACAUAGUGCGCAGUCAUGAGGUGAAAGCCGAGGGUUACGAGGUCACUCACUCAGGGAAGUGCAUCACCGUGUUCUCAGCACCAAACUACUGUGACCAGAUGGGAAAUAAAGGAGCUUACAUUCAUCUCAGGGGAUCAGACCUCAAGCCAGAGUUCCACCAGUUUACUGCUGUGCCUCAUCCAGAUGUCAAGCCGAUGGCAUAUGCCAACUCUCUGAUGCAGAUGGGUAUGAUGUAGAGGUCUGAAGUCCACACCAAUCCCUCCGAAUCCACUCUCACAUUCUGCUCAUCUCUGUUUCCAACACACACUUCCUUCCUCGUGUACACACACACACAUUACUGUACUCAUACCUGAAGAUACAUAGAGACGAAAUCACUCAUAUUGGUGAUGGCUUGACUCAAAAAAGGAGCUAGGAAUGUUAUUUGUGCAUUGAUGGAUCGUUCUCGGACUGACCCUCCCCUCGCACUUAUCAUUAACAUGUAGAGUUGCAUAGUUUGAAUUGGAUGUUUAGCUCUGUGAUAAAUGAGCUGAAUUUUACCAAAGAAUGGGCAGGUGUAUAUGACGCAUCCCAAAGUAAGAGUGCUGAUGUAGAAUUAGAGCCUUGUGACCAAGUUAUUAUGAGAAACGGAGGCAAAAAAUUGAUCUGCACUUUUACCCAAAGGUGUGUCUUUACAUAGGGCCUUUAUUUUGAAAUUUUACCCCACGAACACAAUCCCACAUCCUAUUUCAUCUGAGGUACUGUUGGGAGGGAGAACAGUGUGUCAUUUCAAUACUGUAGCAGUGACGGUGUUGUACACGCCAUCGAUCAAAAAGUCACAGGAAACUCCUCCCAGAGCGUCUGUCCUGAGGUCAGAGUUUCCGUGAUAAACGUCACAAAACAAAUUUAGCUACCGUGUAACUUCAGUAGUUUUUUGGCUCUCUUUCCCUUCUUUCAGAAUAGGGAAAAGUGCAGUAUUGUGAAGUUCAGUAAGUGUUUGGUGCAUGUUCUCCACUCUGUAGGCAGCUCCCACACGUUCUUUCUCCCAACAUGCUCUUCUGAAAUGCACUGGAGAUGCUCUAUAACCCUCGUAUAGCCUUCCACUGUCUGUCUAGCAGAUCCCGAACCCUUUGUGUGGACUCCAAAUAACAGCAGAAACCUACCUUCCUCUCUUUAAGCGCACAGCAGCCAUGACUUUUUAGAGAAUAUCAUAUACACCAACAUACAUGUAUGCAUAUAUAUAUAUAUAUAUAUAUAUAUAUAUAUAUUGAAAUUUCUGUGUACAUGUUUGGAGAAAAAAGAAGUUAUUGAAUAAAAAAAUGCCGGUCCAAAUAUGUAGAAUGUGUUCAUAACUUUUUGUGUUCUGUUAAUUGACAUGUUGGCUCCAGUAGUGACACCGGUCAGCAUUGGCUGCAGCUGAUAUUAAAAAACGUUUCAUUCGAUCGAUGAGGACUGAAUGGGGAAACGUGUCCUUUUUUUAUGUCUCAAUACUGCACAAUAGGCAUGGUGUCUGGCGAAAUAUGUUUUAAAUAAAAGUUGAAAAACGGACAAAACUAGUUUUGUGGCUUUCGUGGCUCGCAGAGCUUUAGCUGAUCUUAUCGACCCCAAAA